AUGUACUUGAGUUUCCAAAACAAGUCGUUUUGGGAAAGCCUGCAUUUAAAAAAAGGCCUUGAGGACUGGGAUAUGGCAGAGGAGCUCAAACUCUCCGUCACUACUGAAGAGUUUCCGAAAGGACCUGGGGAUCAGCCCCACCUGUGGAUGUGGGUGAAGCCCAGCCUGGUCUGCCCCAUCCCCGGCAGCCCUGGCCCAGCUCCGGACAGACUCCACAGCCCGGUGGCCUCGGCUGCUGGUGCCGCAGAAGCCUCCUUUCCAAAGACAUCCCAGGAUGAUGCCGACCCAGACUGCUCUGAGAAGGAUGCACCAUCAGCCACCAGCGAGGCUGGGAAGUUCACUAAGGGGGAAGACACUUCGCGUGUGGACAUCCCAGUUCCUCAGGAGAUGCCGAUACCUUGGAAAUCUGUGGUCCUCAGACCCCAGAGUGUGAAGCUCAAGUGCUCCAGGCAGAAGAGCACCAAAAUCAAGGGAGGCUGGCCCCGUCCCCCCCUGAAUUACUGCCUCCUCAUCACCCUCGCCCUGGGCAACAGCGCAAGCGGCAGCCUGAGCGUACAGCAGAUCUACCAGUUCACACGGCAGCACUUCCCAUUUUUCCAAACGGCCCCAGAGGGGUGGAAAAGCACCAUCCGACACAAACUGUGCUUCAGCAGCUGCUUCGAGAAAAGCACUGCCUUUGUGUGCGGCGAAGGGAACCGCAAGUCCUGCCUGUGGAAGCUCACGCCAGAAGGACGCAGGAAGUUUCAGGAGGAAGCCCAGGCUCUGCCCAAAGAGACUCUCGACCUGGUGCGCCAAAGCAUGAGCAACCCGGGUCUCCUGAGAUCCCUGUUUGGGCUGUGA